AUGGCACAUGGUAGAGGAGGUGGACUUCCUGGUUGGUUUUUACCCGCGGUAAUAGGUGGUGUAAUCGGUUUACUUCUAUUGAUCACCCUUCUUCCAAUAUCGUUUUCAUAUUUGGAUUUUUAUCACUAUGGUUUUCUUCGUCGGCAUACAACAGGUCGUGUUAGCCUUGAUCGAGUUUACACGGGUGGACGAUAUCUGGUUGGUCCAGAUCAUCAUUUCAAGAAAUUUAAAGCUACGGCACAUUACGUCAACUUUAAUCGUAUUUCUGUUUUCACUACAGACAAUCUUGAAGUUCAUUUGAGCAUUACCUUCCAAUUCUUCUUAAUCAAAGACGAUCUGCCGUUGCUACAUUCAGCUUACGAUAUCUAUUAUGAACCAAUUAUAGUCUCAAAUGCAAAAGAAGCCAUCAUCUCUACGUGCUCCCGUUUUGAUACAGACGACUUCAUCAAUGAUCGUGAGAAAAUCUGGCGAGAGAUAUACUUAGGUGUUAAACGUCAAUUAGGUGGAACAUGUUGUAUACCAAACUGCAAAAAGAAUUGCCCAAAAUGCCCAAUUCAUGAGCAGUGUGUUGUGGGAUGUAAGGCGCGUCAGCAAGGAUGUAAAAAAGAAGAGAAGGGCUUUUUUGCCGAAGUACGAUACCUUCAAUUACAUGACAUUGAUGUGCCCGAUCGUGUUAUGGAACGACGUCUACUUGGUUUAGUUCGCGAUUUAGAAAAGGAACGAGAAGAAUAUCUUAAUCAGGAAGCCCUUGUAAAAAAGCAAACUGAUAUAUUAGCGAAUCAAUUCCGUAAUAAUGCUUCGCAGUCGGUUGCAUUUUCUGAUGCUCAGGCACAAUUGAAACGUGAACAGGCGAAAGCUGAUGCGCUCAAACGUGUUGAACUUGCACGUAUUCAAGGUUUAUCAUCGAUGUGUUCAUCGUUAGGUGUUACCCAAGCCAAACACAUCAGCACACUGCAGUAUCUACGCACAUUGAAAGAUUCGGGGGAUAAUGUUAAAUAUUCCAUCGACUUCAGCCAUGCGAUUGCUCAACAACCGCAAAAUAGAUUACCUUGA